AUGGUCACCGCCGCGCGCUACUGCGACAUAGGCAUGGAGCCCCCGAGCGGCUUUGACACAGAUAGGAUGCCCAUGCAUGCCCUCGACCUCCUGGACACCGCUCUGCUGGUCCAGCUUGUUAGAGCGGGCAUGCGAUACGCCCCAAUCGCGGAGCACCUCUACUCCCCCACCCAGCCUGGCCCCUUCGACUUCACCCCGACCUGGCUCGCGGGCGAACUCCUGGGAGCCUGGAGACAUAUGGUGGCCCACGCCGCAGGUCGGAUCGUUCUCGAGCUGGCCUUCAGGAGUAGCAACAUCAGCACCAACAUCAUCGACCAUGCAGCAGCCUGGUGGAGAGCACGGGGCGUCAGCUCCUACAGAGAUGCCCAGAUAGUGCUCGCGGCGGAAACAGGCAUGGCGUCCAGGGCAGCGGGUGCCACGCUCGAGGCCCCAGAAGUAGGCGGCUACAUUGCACCCCAGCUCCAGGAGCGAAUGAUGCUGCACCUGGACGCCAACGGCUUCCUACAGACUGCCAUCCUGUCAUGGGAUCGACAGGCAGUAGAAGCCGGGGCGAGGCUCGCGCUCGAGAAGAAGAACGGCAGAUACACGUGCGACAGAUGCGGAAAGGACCAGCUGAGUUCCGCCGAGGGCACCUGGAUCUCCGACAUCACGCGCCAGAUGGUCGCUCAGAAUAGGCCUCAGGCCUACAUCAACGGCGCCAACAUGGGGUGGUACUGCGACGUCUGCUGGGUAAGCCACCUGGAGGACACGAGGACGUUCGCGGACCUCCUCAUGGUGCCGACGGGCAUGAAGAUCCCUGAGCGUGCCAAUACCACCAUUCCGGGCGCCUUCCGGGAGCGGGCCAAGCAGACCCACCCCGACACGUCGGAGGGCGCCGCCGCCAGGGAGUUCCAAGACAUGGUCGAGGCCUACCGCGUGUUAGGAGACCCCAAGCGGCGAGCGGAGUACGACCGCGAGGUGGCCGCUCGCUUCGGCGGGCCCGGUCAGGGCGGUCAGUGGCCGCGUGGCUACGCUGAGAAUUGCUCGGAGGAGUUCCGGGCGAACCUGUACGGUUACAAAGUAGGCAGCCAGGCGGGCGCCAGCGCGGGCUCCCGCGCCGCGCCGGCGGAGGGCUCCCUGGCGGCCAGCAUGUGGGCCGAGCGGACCGCCAUGGGCGCGGUGCUGCUCGGGGGCCUGUGCUUCUUCAUGGCUCCGAGGAGCAAGAAGGAAGACUACAAAGACCCGGACCCUUACCCCUCGAGGAAGGGGCCCAGCACGGCGCUCACGGCGGCCGCACUAGGCGGGCUACCAGGCGGUGCUGGUGCCGGCGCCGCGGCUGACGGCGGCAUGCUGCAGGCCGCGGCCAGCGCCGGCGGGCACCCCGCCGUCGCCUCGGCCGCGUCGGCGAAGCAGGCCCGCUCCCCCGAGGAGCAGCGUGCGCGGGCACAGGCCGAGAGGGAGAGCCUCGGCGACGAGGUCGUGAGGGCGUACUACAACCCCUUUGCGAACACUUGGCACAGGCUUCCCGAGGGAUAUGAGCCGCCGGGCAGCAUGGACCUGACGGCGUGGCACAAGAAGCGGACGGACCCCGUCGAGUGGUCGAGGCUCUUUGCCGAGGGCAAGCUGUCCGAGAUCAUACCGCGCGGGGGCCUCAAGGUGCGGUACAGGCCCAAGUGGGACACGUACGAGCCCAUGUUGGUCAAGGACACCCACACGGGCAAGACGGUGCAGGUGACGACCAAGCUCGCGCCGCGCACCGCGAGGGAGACGUGCGAGGUGGAGUUCUGA